UAGGACCUACUCACUAUUUAUUAGACCCACACAUCUUGCAUAUUUGCCUUUUUGCCACCUUGAGUUCUUGGCUUAGGGUUUGUGACAAAGUGCACAUGGAUCUUUGCCCUAACACCCAAAUCCCAGAAAUUUAGUCAGUGAAAUAAGGAAGAAAAUCUUGGAGAUCUUCUGGGUGGUUUUGACUUUGAGAAGAUUUUAUGGUUUCUACAUCUUUUGGGUAGCUUUCAGUUCUGGAUUUGGCUGUGUUAAGAAGUGGUCAAGAUGAGCACUAUAGACAUUGUGGACUUGUCUAGUGAUGAUGAAAGCGAAGAUCUGAAUGUGAAAGCUGUUAAGUUGGAGCCUGGUAUUGUUGGGGGUAGAGUGCAACAGAAAGAAAUUAAGCCUCAACUUGUGAAGCACCAAACAUCCAAGACCCAAUAUAGAAGACAAGAAUCUGAAGAAAACAGAAGUUCAAAUGCUUUAAGUACUGGUCAAAGUAACUCUAGUAUAUUGGAUCAAGGGCAGUCACCUAUAGAUGAUACAAGUCUUUCUUCCUCAUCACCUAUAUGUCCAGCACCACUUUGUAGGCAGUUCUGGAAAGCUGGGAGCUAUGAUGAUGGACUUGGUUCUAAAGUCUCAAUUCAAAAUGGCAAAAGCUAUCUUCAUGUACACCCGAUGUUCCUUCAUUCAAAUGCCACUUCACAUAAGUGGGCCUUUGGCGCUGUCGCAGAGUUGCUUGACAAUGCAGUUGACGAGAUCCAAAAUGGGGCCACUUUUGUCAUUGUAGAUAAAAUCACAAAUCCAAAGGAUGGAAAUCCAGCAUUGUUAAUUCAAGAUGAUGGUGGUGGAAUGAAUCCCGAAGCAAUGAGGCGUUGUAUGAGUUUUGGGUUUUCAGAUAAGAAAUCUAAAUCGGCUAUUGGACAAUAUGGAAACGGCUUCAAGACUAGUACAAUGAGACUUGGUGCGGAUGUUAUUGUCUUUAGCCGCCACCUGAAUAACAGGAUAUUGACUCAAAGCAUUGGUCUCCUCUCAUAUACAUUUUUAUCACGAACAGGCCAUGACAGAAUAGUAGUACCCAUGGUGGAUUAUCAGUUUAAUACAUCAACUGGUACACUGGAAAUCUUGCAUGGUAAAGAACAUUUUAUGUCUAAUCUUUCAAUGCUGUUGCAGUGGUCUCCAUAUUCGUCAGAAGCAGACCUUCUGAAGGAGUUUGAUGACAUUGGGGCUCAUGGAACGAAAGUUAUUAUCUACAAUUUGUGGUUCAAUGACGAUGGGAAUAUGGAGCUCGACUUUCUAUCGGAUCCUGAGGAUAUUCGUAGUAGUGGGGAGACCAAGAAAAUUGGCACACUCAAAGCUUGGAAGGCAAUAAAUGAACAGCACAUUGCUCACCAAUAUCACUAUUCACUCCGUGUAUACUUGUCCAUCUUGUACUUGCGGUUACCAGAAAGUUUCAACAUAAUAUUGCGUGGGCGAGUUGUUGAGCCUCAUAUUAUUGCCAAUGAUCUCAAAUUCCCAGAAUUCAUCUUGUACAGACCUCAAUGUGGUGGAUGUGUGGAGGGUGAAGUUUUAACUACGAUUGGGUUUCUUAAAGAAGCUCCACAAAUCAGUUUUCAUGGCUUCAAUGUGUACCAUAAAAACCGUCUAAUACUGCCAUUUUGGCAAGUUGUGAGCUAUCUAGACAGUCGGGGCAGAGGGGUUGUUGGUGUUCUGGAAGCAAAUUUCAUUGAACCAACUCAUAACAAACAAGAUUUUGAAAGGACUUCCCUUUUUCAGAAGCUUGAAGGUCGAUUGAAGGAAAUGACAUGGGAAUACUGGGAUUACCAUUGUGGGCUAAUUGGGUAUCAGGUAAAAAAAAAGCCUAGAGUAUCAGAGACUCCACAGAUUUCAUCUCAUAGUACUCCACACAGCGGUAAACAACAUCCUGUCACAUUAAAUAAAAGUCCCCCUGCUAUUGGUAGUAUGAAAGCAGCAAUUGAAAGGGCUGAACGAUCAAUACCCAUCUCCCAAAGAAGAUCUGAACAAGGAUUAUGUGUGAAGAGGAAGGGACAUGAUGAUUUAAUAGAGGUAGAGAAGGCAAAAAGGCAGGCAGUGGAAGUGGUGCCACUAGAUAUUUCUGGCAGUCAGCUGAAAGAUCCAGAGGCUGUAAAUUUGUUGCAAGAAAACAAGAAGCUCCGUCUAAAAUGUUUGGAGUAUGUGAAGUGGGAGGAGCAACUUAAUCUAAAGGUGACUCGUCUCAAAACUGAAAUAGAGGAGGUUCAACGUGAACACGAGCGAAUGAUGGCUGAAUUAGAGUUGAUGAACAAGGUCAAGGAUGAAAAGAAUGUAUAAAUGUAGAUCCUGUAGUUUUUCUUCAAUUCUUUAAUUUGUAAAACAGUGUUGUAUUCAUAGUUCAGUGUAGCCAAACAGCUUUCUUCCUUAUAGAGGGGGGUGAGGUCGAUGAGACCAUGACAGCAUGCCUGGGCACAGGUGCCUUACUUUUAUUCCUUUUUUUUUUCCCUCCCCCUUCCUUUUUUAUAAGGUAAAAAGGCUGAGGUAAGAUUGCUUACCAUUCACCCAUCACAACCCGUAAAAGUGGGACCUUUGUGCACUAAGUAGACCUGUAAAUAGUUAGUUAAAGCAAGGUCAAAUUCCGUUGAAUGUUGAACUUAAGUAGUUUCAUUAUGGCACAUCAGAGCCGCUUGCAGAUUUUCACCCGUUUCUGGGACAAGUAAUUCGUUUGUACAAACAAUGAGACUUUCUGAAUUUGUAAAGAGCAUUUUCAUCUGUUUUUAAA